AUGUCUAUUCCCAAAGUCGGGUUGAGUCGCCUUUUGAAAGAGGGAACGAGGAGUUUUCAAGGCAUUGAGGAAUCGAUCUUGCGGAAUAUUGAAGCCUGCUCUGAUUUGGCGAACACCGUUCGGUCAGCUUUUGGUCCAAAUGGCAUGAACAAAAUGGUAAUAAACAACAUCCAGAAACUGUUUGUUACGAAUGAUGCAGCGACGAUUAUCAAGGAGCUACAGAUUGAACAUCCCGCGGCCAAAAUUUUGGUUAUGGCCAGUGAAAUGCAGGAACAGGAAAUUGGUGACGGAACUAACACUGUCAUAAUAUUGGCGGCUUCUUUACUAGAAAAUGCGGAGGAACUUAUUCGAAUGGGUUUAAAUCCGACGGAAAUUUCUGACGGGUACGAAAAAGCGUGCAAAAAGGCGUUGGAAACUUUACCUGACUUAGUAUGUGGAACCAUCAAAGACUUAACUAACAUCGACGAAGUAGUUAAAGGCAUCCGUCCCGCUAUCAUGAGCAAGCAACGGGGAUACGAAGAUCUGUUGUCGAAGCUAGUAGCUGAAGCAUGCGUUAAAGUGUUGCCCAAAGAUCCAUUGCUCUUCAGCGUCGAUAACAUUCGUGUAUGCAAGAUUUUGGGUAGCGGCGUAUUGUCAUCGUUUCUCAUGAAUGGAAUGGUUUUCAAAAAGGGUAUCGAAGGUGCGGUGAGGAAGGUCAAUAAAGCGAAUAUCGCGGUAUUUUCAUGUCCAUUUGACAUAACUCAGCUGGAAACUAAGGUAUCUUGCCUAGUACUCAAUAUAACUUCUCUUAAACGAGUUUGUCAGAAGUGCCCAUUUAAGAACUGUGUGAAUAUCACUGUUCUCUUAGUUGCAUGGGUAAAAUGUGAUGAUUGAAA